AUGCAAAUAUCCGUGCGCACGCUCGAAGGAAAAGUUAUAACGUUAGCAGUUCAAUCCACUGACACAAUUGGAAAUGUCAAGACAACUAUACAAGGAAAAGAAGGUAUUCGAACAGAUUUACAACGACUAAUAUUCAACAACGCAACACUUGAAAAUGUUCGAACACUAUCCAGUUAUGAGAUCGGUGAAGAAUCGAUCCUUUAUCUUGUUCUGCGGUCAGCACAAAAUACCAAGACUGUUGCUGGAGGGUAUGGACUAGGCCAUGCCAACAAUGAGCUGUGUUUUCCUUAUGGUCUCUUCAUCUACGAUGAUCAAACAAUCUUCAUCGCUGAUUGGGGCAAUCACCGUAUCGUCCAAUGGAGGAUAGGUGAUAUGAAUGGUCAAGUGGUAGCUGGUGGCCACGGGCAAGGCCAUGAAUUGAAUCAAUUAAAUUGUCCAACUGAUGUACUGAUUGACAAACAGACCAAUAGUCUCGUUAUAUCUGAUCGAGGGAAUCGACGAGUCUUACGAUGGUCUCGUCUUGAUGGCACUAUUCAAGGAGAAAUACUUCUCGAGAACAUCGCUUGUUAUGGUUUGGCCAUGGAUAAUCAGAGAUGUCUCUACGUCUCUGACACCGAAAAACAUGAAGUCAGACGAUAUACAAUGGGAGAGAAGAAUGGAACUGUGGUGGCUGGCGGUCAUGGACGAGGUACUGGUCUCAAGCAACUCAACGAGCCGAGUUACAUUUUUGUUGAUGAACAACGGAUUGUCUACGUGUCAGACACAUGGAACCAUCGUGUGAUGAAGUGGAAUAAAGAUGCAACAGAAGGAAUUGCUGUCGUUCGUGGGUUUUCUCGCGGGCUGUUCGUCGAUAAGUCGGAGACUAUCUAUGUUGCAGACUACGGGAAUCAUCAAGUUACCCGUUGGCCCAAAGAAGCGACACAGGGCACUGUCGUUGAGUAUGGAAAUAGUGAAGGAGAAGGAGCAAAUCAUUUGUACUUUCCUUGGGGUUUGUCCUUCGAUCAACACGGCCAUUUCUACGUGACUGAUCAUUCGAAGCAUCGAGUACAACGUUUUCCUGUUGAUUAG